AGGGGGGCGGUGACGGAGGGGAAUUCCCGCUAGUCUGUUCGAACAAAUAUUACUUUUUCUGUCCACUGUCACCCAUUCAGCUCGGGGUUCUCUAAGACACGAUAACCUGUGAUACGUCUGAGAGUGAGUGUGUGUGAGUGUGUGAGCAUCAUGAAUGUUCUUAUGCCCUCCAUACUAGGGGACGAUCCACACCUAAUGGCUGAGCCGGCGGUCCAGAUCUUCGAGCAGCCAAAGCAGAGGGGAAUGCGCUUCAGGUACAAGUGUGAAGGGCGCUCAGCUGGCAGCAUCCCUGGAGAGAAGAGCUCUGAUAACAACAGGACUUACCCCAGUCUGCAGAUCCUGAAUUACUCUGGUAAGGGAAAGGUGCGAGUUUACUUGGUGACGAAGAACGAGCCGUUCCGACCGCAUCCACACGAUCUGGUGGGGAAGGACUGCAAAGACGGAUUCUACGAGGCCGAGUUUGGUCCUGACCGCAGAGUGAUCGCUUUCCAGAAUCUGGGUAUCCAGUGUGUGAGGAGGAGGGAAGUGAAAGAUGCAAUCGUACAGAGGAUCACCAGAGGGAUCAACCCCUUCAAUGUGCCACGUGAACAGCUGCUGCAGACUGAGGAGUACGACUUGAACGUGGUUCGCCUGUGCAUCCAGGUUUUCCUGCAGGAUGAGAACGGCCACUACACCCGAUCACUCAACCCCAUUGUCACCAACCCCAUCUAUGACAACAGGGCCCCAAACACAGCAGAGCUGAGGAUCUGUCGGGUCAACAGGAACAGUGGCAGUGUUAAAGGAGGAGACGAGAUCUUCUUACUGUGUGACAAAGUACAGAAAGAUGACAUUGAGGUGCGUUUCUUCUCCUCUGAUGGCUGGGAGGCCAAAGGCUCCUUCUCCCAGGCUGAUGUUCAUCGCCAAGUAGCCAUUGUCUUCAAGACUCCACCCUAUUACAACACCUCCAUAACAGAGUCGGUGACCGUGCACAUGCAGUUGCGGCGACCCUCCGAUCAGGAAGUCAGCGAGCCCAUGGAUUUCAGAUAUCUGCCCGAUGACAAAGAUCCUUAUGGCUACAAUGAGAAAAAGCGCAGAAGAGAGCACUUGAUGAAGAUAUCAGGAUUGUCAGGUGGUCCUUUUGCUGGUCUAGCUAUGAACAGGCCAAAGGCAGUGGCACAGAGUAGCAUGAGUCAUAUGCGGAAAGACCUCAGCAACAUGUACCUGAGACGACAGCCCACACCUACAAUGCAGCAGCAACCUUCUAUAUUCAACCAGUCCUAUCAACCAGGGCCUCAGAAUGUCUUAAUGACAUCACAGGCUCCCAAUUUACAAAUCAACCAACCAUGGGUAAAUCCCAACCCAGCACUCUCAAUGGAUACAGUCACCAUAAACCCUUCUGGUGUCAUGAGCAAUCUGCCACGUCCUAAUAGCAGCAGACAGCAGCAGCCAAACCAUACAUCUGGUUACCCCCAUAGAGUGGAGCACAACAGCUGUGAGAAUAACACUCUCCCCCAGCUCUCCAUGAGGGACUUGCAGUGCUUGGAUACAGUCUCUCAGGUGUCUACAAUGAACCAGUCAGAGUCCCAGCCACUCUUCCACCUGCAGCACCAAAGGGAGGAGCUAGCCUCUGAGACCCGGGCCCAGAACCAUCUAGGCAACCAGAACCAAGGUCUCCAGACUGUGUGGCCCAGUUACAAUGUCCAAAAUCCGGUCCAGAACACCUUCAAUGGGUCAGCACAUGGCGGUGGAGGGGGGUCACAGGGGCUGAGCACUUUCCCCUUCUUAGAGGGAAUGGAAGGGGAUGAUUUUCUGAAGGGCCUGGUGGAAGGAGGCUCUCAGACUGGCUUCCAGCUGAAGCAGGAGCCCCACAUCACAGCGGGACAAGAGAGCCAUGCUCCUCACAUGCAGUCACCAAGGGAGAGUCAAGGAAAUACUUACACCAACUUGCUUCCUCGUCCUAUGAGCAAUGGCACAAACAUGGAUCCAAUGAGGCAAGAUGGUAGUGGCAGCACCCAGGCUCUCAAAAAUCUGCAGAAUCCUUACUCAAACAACGGCAUGGGCACAGAGGGUCACUUUUCAACUUUGGCUGACUGGAUCAGAGCAACUCGGCAAAGCGACUGAAGGAGCGACAUAUUUGGUAUCAAAGAAUAAAAGAAGUAGCUCCACUUCUGUUUUAUUUAGCCCUGCGAAGCCAAAAAUGUUGUCUCUCCCAUUCUGACCUGGGAAGGCUCAGUGGGUUUUUGCUUGGGUUGUUACAUCUGUGGGCAUAAGACCAAAUUCCUGGCAGCCAUGUGGGUCCAUAACAAGACCAUGGCAUUGUUUCUAGUUGGUGUUGAUCUAACUGAUCAAUAUCAGUUAAUCACCAUCAUCAUCAUCAGAAUGCUUGGUACAUCUAAUUGGACAAAUGUGGCACUUGGUAGGUUGUCUUUGGAAGUGCAUCCAAUUAUUAAUCUGUAAAAACACCUUUCCUCCAAAAUUUGUCAACCAAAUUUGGUGCCUUGGUAAAUUCAAGACAAGAUGUAAGUCAUGCAGUUGCAGAAUCUUGCCUCAUUUUAUAUCAAAGAGAUUUUGUUUCAUGAUUGGUUGAUUGAUUCUGUACAAGUUCCAUCCCAACCAUUAACCUCUAAAAUGUUUAAGAAGUGUCCAGCUGCAUCAUCGCUCUAAUCACUCUGCCAGAUUCACUGAUUGAUUUGGCCUCCACCUGCUGGUGUUCUCCAAACUAGUCAAUAAAACCAGGUUUCUGUGAGGCAAAGACCUGUGUGUGGACGAACCCUGCCUCAGGCUGUAAUGAUGAUAACACUCUCAUCAAAUGACACACUGAUGGUUUCCUAGCGAGAGUUAGAUUUCUGGAGAGGUGAAUGUACUACUUUCUUUCUUUGUUUUUCUCAGGUGACGUUGGAUUCACUGUCAACAUACUGUAUAGAAAAUGAUUUGUUGAGUGUUUGAUGUUUAAAAAUAAACAGGGGUAAAUGAUAUUAGGGAUUUUAAAUGGACAACAUAAAAAUUGCUUUUUUUAUCACAGGUUUGCUAGUUAUUGCUUUUUAAAAAAUUCAUACAUAUUAUACGUGUCAGUUAAGGUGUGCCACUGUUUUACUGAAUUUGAUUGAUUUUUAACAGAGUAUUUGUUGUUAAGUGCACUCUGUAUAUACAUGUUCGCCAUAGUUGAGAGUGAAAGCAAUAACUGCUGAAAAACUCUGAACAGAACUGGCAAGGUACUGAAAUUUCCAUUGAGGAAGUGGGAGGAAGCACAAUGGUGUUUUUCCUCUGUAAUGACUAUGUCAUACCAGUGAUCGCAUGUGUUACCCAGAGUUCUCAGAGCAUUUUCUAUGUUUUAUAGAUACAGAUGUCAGUUUUUUAUGUUCUUGUUUUAAUCAUUGAACAGAUGCUUUUAGGGACAUUUGCGGAAAUUGCCUUGGUCAAGACCAAUUUGAUGGGACACAUGGUUAAUAAUGGAGAAUACUUGGUAACUGUGUCAACACCAGCCUAAUUCAUCCUAACAUGUUUUAUUACUUGUUUUUGGUCUUAAAUAAAAGUGAAUAUUUUUAUGUUUUUUUUUUUAAGUUUUGCUAUUUUGUGUUUCGUUUUUUUGUACAGGAUCAUUUCUUAAUAAAGAAUGUCAUUUUCCACA